GGACACGGAGGCGGUCACACGAACAGAACAGAGCGAGAAAAUAUCGCGCGCGCCCGUUCCGUCUGGAUAAGGCGUCGCUCCCGCGGGAGCCAGACGCGACGCCGUGCCGCGAGCGAGCCCCUUUUUUGUUGCCCAUGGCCUCUUCUGUGUCCUCCCCGCUCUUCGCCUCGCUCCGGCCGCCCGCGCCCGCCAGCUCGCGCUGCGCUCCUCCCCCGCAGGCCGCUGUGCCGUCGGCAGACAACGCCGUCCCGCAGCCGGCGCCUCUCGUCGCGGUUGCCAGCCACCGGAGGGAGCUGGUGCUAGGGGCGGCGCUGGGCGCGCUGCUGUCGCGGGCGCCGCUGCCGGCCCAGGCGCGCGAGGUCGAGGUCGGCACGUACCUGCCGCCGGCGCCGUCCAACCCGGGCUUCGUCUUCUUCCGGGCCACCCCCAAGGACACCCCCGCCCUCCGCGCCGGCAAUGUGGAACCGUACGAGUUCGUCCUGCCGCCUACCUGGAAGCAGACGCGGGUGGCCAACAUCCUGUCCGGGAACUACUGCCAGCCCAAGUGCGCCGAGCCGUGGGUGGAGGUGAAGUUCGAGGACGAGAAGCAGGGCAAGGUGCAGGUGGUGGCCUCGCCGCUCAUCCGCCUCACCAACAAGCCCAACGCCACCAUCGAGGACAUCGGCAGCCCCGAGAGGCUGAUCGCCUCCCUGGGGCCCUUCGUCACCGGCAACACCUUCGACUCCGACGAGCUCGUCGACACCAGCGUCGAGAAGAUCGACGGCCAAACUUACUACAGCUACGUGUUGGAGACUCCGCUGGCACUGACCGGUUCUCACAAUCUGGCCAAGGCCACCGCCAAGGGGAACACGGUGGUGCUCUUCGUCGCAAGCGCCAGCGACAAGCAGUGGUCGUCGUCGGAGAAGGUUCUCAAGGCCAUAGUGGAGUCGUUUCAAGUAUGAUUGCAGCAAUGGACUCUGUGAGAUGCAGAUGCUUGGUUGAGCGGGUGAUCAGUUGUUAGCUAGCAACAUCACGUGAUGAGUUACUUAUCUGAAGCUCUGAAGUAUGAGGUAUAUAAUCUGACGAGGCAAGCUACUGGUUUUUGAGGCUUGGGAAGUGGAGCAAAGAACGAUUUUUUCUAUGGAGUAGCUAUGUACGGGGCUGUUCAUAGCUUGCUUAUUGAAGAGGAGAGGUUGUGUACACAGUGAGGAACAGAUUGUUUCUAGUAAGAAAUACAAGUUAUAAUCAGCGUAAUCGGGUAUCUUGCAAAUGUUUUUCUA